GUUAAGCUGAGACAUUUGGCCAUAGUUGCUGAUCCACUUAUCUAGAGGAUUUUGUCACGAAUAUAUACGAAAUAGCAUAGAAAGGCCCGGAAAUCUGGAUUCUAGAGCAGUAUCGUGAUAUUCCUCGUUAAAGAAAAAACAGAAAGCUUAACUUACAGCGCAGGCAGUUUUGUUCUAGAAUGUCUUCCAAACGCGACAAAAAAUCGGGCUAUAUCUACAAGCUUUGCAAAAAGUUGGAAGACCGGAUUGACCUAGAAUACGAAGCAGAACAAGAAGAAACAACAAUUAAACUUGAAGCCGAAUCUGAAGAUGAUCAGGAAAUCAUCAUCUCAGAAACUACCAGCGAAGCACUCCUGACCAGUUUAAAGAUGACGUGCUCGGACAGUGAAGAUUCAUCCCAGGAGCUUCCAGGCAUAGGUGCAAUGCCAAAUGCGCUUGAAUUACAGAACGGAUGCACUACGAAAGAAUCCACAAUCGCCACAGUUAUUAAUAUGUUUACAUCGAUAUCAAAACAAAUCGCAACAAUUCACAAAAAGACCGAACGCGUCCAAAGGGAGGUAACGACUAUUUCAGAACGCUUGGGACGGGUCGAGAAAAAAAUGGGCAUUUCUUUAGCAACGAUAGAGCAAGUGAAGGAUGUGAUUGUGAAGUAUGAUGAUGCUCCGGAAAAGGGACGAUUCGUUUUUAACAAAAUAACCAACGAAGAGGAGUUUACAGAACUCGAUACCAAACUUGGCACAGACCAGGAAUACUACGAAAGUCUUAAAAAGGACCUUAACCAGCACGUGCAAGCUAACGAAGCAGAUAAUCGAAUGCUCGAGAUGAUGGAUAUGAUUUAUGAUCGAAAAUUUAUGACAUUAUGCAGUUGGACUGGCUGCGGAAGAGAGGGUACAAAAAUAGCUUUUCGAGAACGAAAAAAUAUACUGCAACUGUUUGCCGAUAUCGCUAGCAAUAAGUUUAUGACCGUAAGUGAAACAUUCGUUAAGACAUUUUUUGUUAAAAAGCUGCGUCAUGCAAAGGAGCGGGUAAACAUACAAGGUCUUAGAAAGGCAGUUUGUCAUAAGCGAAGAAGCAUUUUGGCCACAGCCAUAUUUGUCGAAGAACAGCCGAAACAAAGACGUGAAUGA